CCGGAGCGCCUGCCCGCGCCGCCCGCCGCCCGCCGCGCGCCCACUCGGGCCCGCCGCUCGCGCGGGGCCGCAGCCGCGGGCCGGGGGUCGGUGCCCGGCUGGGGGCGGGGCGGCCCGGCGGCCCAGGUCCCCUCCGCGCGCCCCCGGCCCGGCUCGGAGGAGGGCCAGGCCAGCGGCUCCCCACACCCCUCCCCGCGCCGCGGCUUUGGGGCCCCGGUGGGGAGCAGGGGCUGAUUAGCCGAGGAGCAGGGGUGUGGCCAGCGGGGCCCCGGGUAGUGAGUCACACCCGCCGCUCGCCCAGUCCCGGGCCCCAGCGCGGCCCCAGCCCGAGCGGCGCGCUGUCCCGCCCGAAGAGUGUCCCCGGGCUUGGCAUGAGGACCCCGGGGUGCCCAGGGACCGGCUGAAGCCCGGCGCGGCGGUGCAGGGCGGACAGAAUGACUGAGAACAUGAAGGAGUGCUUGGCCCAGACCAAGGCGGCCGUGGGGGACAUGGUGACAGUGGUGAAGACGGAGGUCUGCUCGCCGCUCCUCGACCAGGAGUAUGGCCAGCCCUGCUCUAGGAGACCAGAGCCUUCGGCCAUGGAAGUUGAGCCCAAGAAACCCAAGGGGCAGCGCGACCUCAUCCUGCCCAAGAGCUUCCAGCAAGUCGACUUCUGGUUCUGCGAGUCCUGCCAGGAGUACUUUGUGGACGAGUGCCCGAACCACGGUCCCCCCGUAUUUGUGUCUGACACACCGGUGCCCGUGGGCAUCCCAGACCGGGCUGCCCUCACCAUCCCGCAGGGCAUGGAGGUGGUCAAGGAAGCCAGCGGAGAGAGCGACGUGCGGUGUAUAAGCGAGGUCAUACCCAAGGGCCACAUCUUUGGCCCCUAUGAGGGACAGAUCUCCACCCAGGACAAAUCAGCUGGCUUCUUCUCGUGGCUGAUUGUGGACAAGAACAGCCGCUACAAGUCCAUCGAUGGGUCCGACGAGACCAGAGCCAACUGGAUGAGGUACGUGGUCAUCUCGCGGGAGGAGAGGGAGCAGAACCUGCUGGCCUUCCAGCACGGCGAGCGCAUCUACUUCCGGGCGUGCAGGGACAUCCGGCCUGGGGAGCGGCUGCGGGUCUGGUACAGCCAGGACUACAUGAAGCGCCUGCACACCAUGUCCCAGGAGACCAUCCACCGCAACCUGGCCAGAGGAGAGAAGAGGUUGCAGAGGGAGAAGUCUGAGCAGGCUCUGAAUAACCCAGAAGACCUGAGGGGUCCUGUUCAGCUCCCUGUGUUGAGACAGGGCAAGAGUCCCUACAAGCGUGGCUUUGAUGAGGGGGAUGUGCACCCCCAGGCCAAGAAGAAGAAGAUCGACCUCAUUUUCAAGGAUGUGCUGGAGGCCUCUCUGGAGUCUGCGAAGGUGGAAGCCCACCAGCUGGCGCUGAGCACCUCACUGGUCAUCAGGAAAGUCCCCAAGUACCAGGACGAUGCCUAUGGUCGGUGUACAACCACCAUGACCCACGGCGUUCAGAACAUCAGCCAGACCCAUGGGGAAGGGGACUGGAAGACCCCCCAAGGGGUUGCCAAGGAUCUAGGCCCGCUGGAGGAAGAAGAAGAGGAGCCUUCGUCAUUCAAGGCGGACAGCCCCGCCGAGGCCUCCCUGGCGUCCGACGCCCAUGAGCUGCCCACCACCUCCUUCUGCCCUAACUGUAUUCGCCUAAAGAAGAAGGUCCGGGAGCUUCAGGCAGAAUUAGACAUGCUUAAGUCUGGGAAGCUUCCAGAGCCCCCUGUUCUGCCUCCGCAGGUACUGGAGCUCCCAGAGUUCUCUGACCCCACAGCCUCAGAAAGCAUGGUCUCUGGCCCCGCCAUCAUGGAGGACGAUGACCAGGAGGUCGACUCAGCAGACGAAUCCGUCUCCAACGAUAUGAUGCCCACGACCGACGAGCCGUCUAAGAUGUCCUCGGCCACUGGACGCCGAAUCCGGCGCUUCAAGCAGGAGUGGCUGAAGAAGUUCUGGUUCCUGCGGUACUCCCCGACCCUCAACGAGAUGUGGUGCCACGUCUGCCGCCAGUACACCGUGCAGUCCUCGCGCACCUCGGCCUUCAUCAUCGGCUCCAAGCAGUUCAAGAUCCACACCAUCAAGCUGCACAGCCAGAGCAACCUGCACAAGAAGUGUCUGCAGCUGUACAAGCUGCGCAUGCACCCCGAGAAGACGGAGGAGAUGUGCCGCAACAUGACCCUGCUCCUCAACACCGCCUACCACCUGGCCCUGGAGGGCAGGCCCUACCUGGACUUCCGGCCCCUGGCCGAGCUGCUGAGGAAGUGCGAGCUCAAGGUGGUGGACCAGUACAUGAACGAGGGAGACUGCCAGAUCCUCAUCCACCACAUCGCCCGGGCGCUGCGGGAGGACCUGGUGGAGCGCAUCCGCCAGUCGCCUUGCCUGAGCAUCAUCUUGGACGGACAGAGCGAUGACCUGCUGGCCGACACAGUGGCCGUGUACGUCCAGUACACCAGCAGCGACGGGCCCCCGGCCACGGAGUUCCUGUCCCUGCAGGAGCUGGGGUUCUCCAGCACGGAGAGCUAUCUCCAGGCGCUGGACCGCGCCUUCACCACCCUGGGCAUCCGGCUGCAGGAUGAGAAGCCGACCGUGGGCUUGGGCGUGGACGGCGCCAACAUCACGGCCAGCCUGCGGGCCAGCAUGUUCAUGACCAUCCGCAAGACGCUGCCCUGGCUGCUCUGCCUGCCCUUCAUGGUGCACCGGCCCCACCUGGAGGUCCUGGACGCCCUCAGCGGGAAGGAGCUGCCCUGCCUGGAGGAGCUGGAGAACAACCUGAAGCAGCUGCUGAGCUUCUACCGCUACUCCCCGCGCCUCAUGUGUGAGCUGCGCUCCACGGCCGCCACCCUCUGCGAGGAGACCGAGUUCCUGGGGGACAUCCGGGCCGUGCGCUGGGUCAUCGGUGAGCAGAACGUCCUCAACGCCCUCAUCAAGGAUUACCUGGAGGUGGUGGCCCACCUCAAGGAUGUCAGCAGCCAGACGCAGCGGGCGGAUGCCUCGGCCAUCGCGCUGGCCCUGCUGCAGUUCCUCAUGGACUACCAGUCGGUCAAGCUCAUCUACUUCCUGCUGGACGUAAUCGCCGUCCUCUCGCGCCUGGCCUACGUCUUCCAGGGUGAGUACCUCCUGGUGUCCCAGGUGGACGACAAGAUCGAGGAGGCCAUCCAGGAGAUCAGCCGGCUGGCCGAUUCCCCAGGGGAGUACCUGCAGGAAUUUGAGGAGAACUUCCGGGAGAGCUUCAACGGGAUCGCCAUGAAGAACCUCAGGGUGGCGGAGGCCAAAUUCCAGUCCAUCCGGGAGAAGAUCUGCCAGAAAACCCAGGUCAUCCUGGCACAGAGGUUCGACUCCCGCAGCCGGAUCUUCGUGAAGGCCUGUCAGGUGUUUGACCUGGCCACCUGGCCCAGGAGCAGCGAGGAGCUGGUCAGCUACGGCAGGGAGGACAUGGUGCAGAUAUUUGACCACCUGGAGGCCAUCCCCACCUUCUCCCGGGACGUCUGCAAGGAAGGGCUGGACCCCCGAGGGAGCCUGCUGACGGAGUGGCGUGAGCUCAAGGCCGACUACUACACCAAAAAUGGCUUCAAAGAUCUGAUCAGCCACAUCUGCAAGUACAAGCAGAGGUUCCCGCUCCUGAACAAGAUCAUCCAGGUCCUCAAAGUCCUCCCCACGUCCACCGCGUGCUGCGAGAAAGGCCGCAGCGCCCUCCAGAGGGUCCGCAAAAAUCACCGCUCCCGCCUGACCCUGGAGCAGCUGAGCGACCUGCUGACCAUCGCCGUCAACGGCCCGCCCAUCGCCAACUUCGACGCCAAGCGAGCCCUGGACAGCUGGUUCGAGGAGAAGUCGGGCAACAGCUACGCGCUGUCCGCCGAGGUCCUCAGCAGGAUGUCGGCCCUGGAGCAGAAGCCGGUGCUGCAGGCCGCGGACCCCGGGCCAGAGUUCUACCCAGACAUGUAGGCGGCGCUGCAGAGGUCACUAAGCGGUUGACUAUUUUUUU